AUGGACAAGAAAGAUGAUGGUGCUAAAUCUGGUAAUGUAGCACAAUCCGGUUGCACUGGAUCUGUUACGGGGAAUAUGGUGGCGCCAGGGACUGGAGGUGCAGUUCAGAUACCUCGGGAUGCUUUUGAAGCUAACACCAAGGCCUAUUUUGACAACCUUCAUAACAAGGACAACGCUACUAAGUGAGAAGUGUGUAGUGGUUAAAUAAGAAUAAUCAGCACCCUUGUUGUUAUGCUCCUGUGAUGUGAUUUUCCUAUUAUGAUCACAAUUUAAUUAAAUAAAAUGAGUUAUUAUUUCUCUUGUUUUUCUUUUCUUGUUCUGUAAUUUAUCGAAUACUAGAGCAUUCUAUUACACUGCAUUAAUCUUUCUUUGGUCACUUCACAAGCAUUUUUUAAGUUUUACAACAAAGUUUUAUUUAAUUUUACAAUAGUAUUUGUUAAAGGUGGCUUUCAAUAACAGUCUUAAACAAAAAUUAUAUUAGUUUUUGCAUAUUGGUUGAUAGUUUACGUUAACCCUGCGGAUUGAACCGUACCGGACAGUCUGAACCGAACAAAUGUUUCGGUUCACUUUUGGUUAAGAGUUUGGUUUGGUUCAGAAAGAUUUUCAAAAUCAAUUUGGUUUUGGUUAGGUUCGUCUGGGUUUAACGAACUGAACGGUUAAACAAUUUUUCUAUAUUCCAAAACUGAACCAGUUUAUACCGGAACUGGACCGAUGUUAGCUAUCUUAAUAAAUGUAACCGAUUUUAACCGAAUUUUCAUUUUUUCUACAAAAAUAUUUUUGGUUUAUUUCGGUCUUGAAAUAGAAACCGAAAUGAACCGAAAACCGACAACCAAACCAAAAUGUUAUUCAGUUAAUUUUGGAAUUAUUUUUGAAAAAAAUCUGUUAACCGAAAAUCCCAGGUCUAGUUCACGUUAUCAUCUUGUGUUUGAUAAGUUUUCUUAUUGUCGUCAAUGGCAAUAUAUAUGUGUGUAUGAAUGCGUGUACAAAUCUCAAUGGACGUAUAAUAAGUGAUCAUAGUAUAUGUGUAUACAAAAUUAUAAGUAAUUGUUAAUGUUAUUCCCAAGUGUCAUUGAACACCUCCAAGUAGCUUUCCAAGACCAGACUCUUGCCCUUUACCAAUUCACUUCCACUUCGUAUUGACUGAAAAAAACCAAUGGUUUUGUUGAUAUAAUCUUGGGAAAUGUUGAUUUUGACUAACUUGAUCAAAUCCCAUCUAUAAAUUCACCCACCUCUUCAUCAGUUUCAUUCACAUUCCGAAUCAAAACCUCAUUUCACUCUCCACAUAUUAAAGCUUAACUCAUAUUUUUAAGAGAUCAAGAAAAUGGACAAGAAAGACGAUGGUACUAAAUCUGGUAACGUAGCACAAACCGGUGCGGCUGGAUCUGGUUCGGGUCAUAUGGUGGCACCAGGGACUGGAGGUGCAGUUCAGAUACCUCGGGAUGCUUUCGAAGCUAACACUAAGGCCUAUUUUGACAACCUUCAUAACAAGGACAAGGCUACUAAGUGAGAAGUGUGUAGUGGUUAAAUAAGAAUAAUCAGCACCUUUGUUGUUAUGCUCCUGUGAUGUGAUUUUCCUAUUAUGAUCACAAUUUAAUUAAAUAAAAUGAGUUAUUAUUUCU